AUGCUGGUCCCAGUCUGCUCGGUCCUCAGUCUGCUGGGAUGGCUGUGUCUGUACGUGCUGCUGUGUUCGGCCUGCAGGGGGCGCAGUGCAGAAUGGAACGUGCGCCUCGUCACUCUGUCUCACGGCGUCUUCAUUGUCCUCUUCACUGCCUACGUGGUCUUCAUCGACGGCCCCUGGCCCCUCACACACGCAGGCACAGUGAACACCCCCCUGCAGGAGCUGGCCCUCUGUGUGUGUCUGGGGUACUUCCUGUUCGACCUGUGCUGGUGCCUGGUCCACCGCACUGAGGGUCCCGUGAUGAUGGCCCACCACUGCGGCAGCAUCCUGGGCAUCGGCCUGGCCCUGUGGCUGGGCUCCUCCGGCUGUGAGACUUGUGCCGUGGUGUUCGGCAGCGAGCUCACCAACCCUCUCCUGCAGGCGCGCUGGUUCCUGCGGCAGGUGGGACGGUACGAGUCGCUCCUGGGGGACGUGGUAGACGUGCUCUUCAUCUCGCUCUUCGCCGCGGUGCGUGUGGGCGUGGGCACGGCCGUGUUCUACUCCCAAAUGACCUCGCCGCUGCCCGCCCCCGCCAUGAAGGUGGGGGGGGUGCUGAUGUACGGGCUGGCCUGGGUCUUCAUGGUCGACAUCGCUCGCUUCGGGUACAAGAAGAGUCGCACCAAGUAUCUGAGGUGGAAGGAGCGGCCAAAGAGCUCCUGA